GAUUGGCUUUGGAUAGAAGAAAACCCUAACACACGGCGGGUCGAACUCGAGUUGAAACAUUCUCACCCACUCACCCAUUCCCACUCGUGAGUCGCGACUCGCACCAUUGAUCUCACCCUCCUUCUCUCUCGAUUUCACCCUAAUUUUCUUCCACCAAUCUCUUACCUUUUACUCACAAAAUUUUUUUUUUUUUUUCCGAGUUCUCUAAAUUUUUAUUGACCUUCAAAAGCAAAGCAAAGCAAAAGCACCAUCUGACUCGGCGUUCCAUUUUCUAACUCGGCUCCUUCCUUCCAUACACUCACCUUUGCGGUAUGCGAUAUUUUCAUUUUAGGUUGAAGGGCUCAUUUGAGAUAUCCGAGGAAGUAACACCAGGCAGGCAAGGUUAUCUGUUUUUUCAAAGGGGCAUGCGGCUGGCACUUUCUACUCCUAGAGAGUUUUUGGCUCAUUGGACUCGCAAUCAACAUAAUCGGAUAAGGGUUAAAAAGCGCUCCAGUACAAGUUCCUGAAUAAUUUGAUUCAUGGCCCGAAUUCGCUCCUGUGGAAUUGUUGACCCUGGAUGGGAGCAUGGCAUUGCUCAAGAUGAGAAGAAGAAGAAGGUUAAAUGUAAUUACUGUGGGAAAAUAGUUAGUGGUGGAAUAUACAGGUUAAAGCAACAUUUAGCUCGAGUUUCUGGAGAAGUAACUUAUUGUGACAAGGCUCCGGAUGAAGUAUAUUUGAGAAUGAAAGAAAACUUGGAAGGAUGUCGUUCCAAUAAGAAAGCAAGACAGUCUGAAGAUGAGGGACAGGUUUUUUUGAAUUUUCACUCCAACGAUGAUGAAGAAGAAGUGAAUGUUGGGUAUAGAAGCAAAGGAAAGCAGUUGAUGGUUGUUCGGACUUCGCCUGUGAACUCAACUCCUCUUCGUUCACUGGGGUAUGUUGACCCUGGGUGGGAACAUGGUGUUGCUCAGGAUGAGAGGAAAAAAAAAGUAAAAUGCAAUUAUUGUGAGAAAAUAGUUAGUGGGGGUAUUAAUCGUUUUAAACAACAUCUAGCUAGAAUUCCUGGGGAAGUAGCACCUUGUAAACAUGCUCCUGAGGAAGUUUAUCUCAUGAUAAAAGAGAAUAUGAAAUGGCACCGUACUGGUAGAAGACACAGACGACCUGAUACUGGUGAAUUAUCAGCUUUCUUUAUGCUGACAGACAAUGAAAAUGAAGAGGAAGAAAAAGAGCAGGCUGUUCUGCAUCAUUUCAGCAAAGAAAGUCUGAUCGAAGGCGAUAAAAGAAUGGGAAAAGAUCUGACAAAGGCAGUCAAAGGGAUGUCUCCCAGUACUUGUUCUGAACCAUCAUUUAAAAGAUCAAGAUUGGAUUCUCUUUUUUUGAAAAAACCAAAGACUCAGAAACAACAAUCUCACAAACAAGCAAAAGUAAAUACAGCAUCCAAUAAAAAAUCCGCUAAUGAAGUUAUAUCUGCAAUUUGCAAAUUUUUUUACUAUGCAGGAGUUCCUUUACAAGCAGCAGACUCCAUAUACUUCCAUAAGAUGCUAGAGUUGGUUGGUCGAUAUGGACAGGGUUUGGUAUGCCCUCAGAGCCAACUGAUAUCUGGCCGGUUUCUACAGGAGGAAAUUACAACAGUUAAAAACUACCUAGUUGAGUGUAAGGCGUCCUUGACAAUCACCGGUUGUUCUAUAAUGGCAGACACUUGGAGAGAUACACAGGGUAGAACAUUAAUUAACUUUUUGGUGUCUUGCCCCCAAAGCGUUUAUUUUGUUUCUUCAGUUGAUGCCACUGAUGUAAUAGAAGAUGCUUCUAAUUUGUUUAAGCUGUUGGACAAAGUGGUGGAAGAGACUGGUGAGGACAAUGUAGUUCAGGUAAUCACAGAGAAUACUCCCAGUUAUAAAGCUGCUGGUAAGAUGCUUGAAGAGAAAAGAAGGAAGUUAUUCUGGACUCCAUGUGGCACCUAUUGUUUUGAUCGGAUGCUUGAAGACUUUUUGAAGAUAAGAAGUGUAGGGGAAUGCAUGGAGAAGGGACAACGAAUUACAAAGUUCAUUUACAACCAAAUUUGGUUGUUAAAUCUUAUGAAGAAUGAAUUUACCGAGGGACAGGAACUUCUGAGGCUGUCUAUUACUAAGUGUGCCUCUAGCUUUUCCACUCUGCAAAGCUUGCGGGACCACAAGAUUAGUCUGAGAAAAAUGUUUCUAUCAAACAAAUGGAUUUCCUCUCGGCUGUCCAAAUCAGGCCUGGGAAAAGAUGUUGAAAAUAUUGUUUUAAACCCUGCAUUUUGGAAGAAGGUGCAGUAUGUUUUGAAAUCGGUGGACCCAAUAAUGCAGGUGCUUCAAAAGAUUGACAAUGGUGAAAGCUUGUCAAUGCCAUCUAUAUAUAAUGAUAUGUACAGAGCAAAGCUUGCAAUUAAAUCCAUCCACGGUGAUGAUGCACGUAAAUAUGAACCAUUCUGGAAUGUAAUAGACCAUCACUGGAGUUCACUUUUCUACCACCCUCUGUGUAUGGCUGCUUACUUCUUAAAUCCAUCGUACAGAUAUCGUACUGAUUUUAUGGCGCAUUCAGAGGUGGUGCGUGGACUUAACGAAUGCAUAGUUAGGCUGGAAUCAGACAAUAUGAGAAGGAUUUCUGCAUCUAUGCAGAUUUCUGAUUAUAUUACUGCAAAAGCUGAUUUUGGAACUGAAUUGGCAAUCAGUACAAGAACAGAGCUUGAUCCAGCUGCAUGGUGGCAACAACAUGGGAUAAGUUGCUUUGAGCUGCAACGAAUAGCUGUACGCAUAUUAAGUCAGACAUGCUCAUCUUUUGGGUGUGAGCAUAACUGGAGCAUAUUUGAUCAGAUAUACAGCCAAAGGCACAAUCGUUUAGCCCAGAAAAGACUGAAUGAUCUUAUCUAUGUUCACUACAACUUGCGGCUUAGAGAACACCAAUUAAGGAAAAAGUCGGAUGAAAUCUCUCUUGACAGUGCUCUCAUAGAACGUUUACUAGGUGACUGGAUAGUAGAAGCAGAGAAACAAGCCUUGCAAGAUGAUGAGGAAAUCAUUUACAGUGGGAUGAAACAAGAUUCAUAUGAUAAUGAUUUGGUUGAUUAUCAAGAUGGAACUGCAGAGGCUAGGAAGGGAUCCCUUGAGCUGGUUUCUUUGACUGAUGUAGAAUCAUUGGAUGCUAUUCCUGCCGAUGCUGGUGCUGCCACUGACGAUGAAGCUGACAUAAAUUUUUUUGAUGAUGAUUUGAGUGAUUAGUCAAGUUAUAUGAUUCAACUAACCUGGAAAGAAGUAAUGUAUCUACAUGUGACAGACCUUACGAUAAUUAGAUUGAAAGUGAUGAGAAGUUCAUUCUGUAGAUUUUGCAUUGUAGCUUCUCUUUUUGUAGUCCAAAAGACAUUCAAUAUGAAAAAAUACCUGUAUACCCUGAA